AUGGCUCACGGUCCCAUGAGCGGCUUGAAAAUAAGCGGCGAUGCUGAUCCACUCAAAGUCAUCAAAGUAUCCGCAAAGGACGGAAGGUCGGGGGAAGAUAUACAGUUGCAUUAUUCCAACUAUAAAGUGGCCGGAAAUGGUUCAUUUGGUGUCGUUUAUCAAGCCAAACUACUUCGAACUGGAGAGGAUGUUGCUAUAAAGAAGGUGCUGCAGGACAAGCGGUUCAAGAAUCGAGAGCUGCAAAUUAUGCGUCUUGUGGUCCAUCCCAACAUCGUAGCGCUCAAAGCAUUCUUUUACAGUCAAGGUGAUGCGAAGCAGAAAGAUGAAGUUUACCUAAAUUUGGUACUUGAAUAUAUCCCAGAAACCAUUUAUCGAGCAUCACGUCAUUAUGCGAAAGCUAAGCAAGCCAUGCCCAUGCUCUAUGUCAAACUAUACACCUAUCAACUGCUACGAUCUUUGGCCUAUAUUCAUUCUCUAGGGAUAUGCCACCGUGACAUCAAACCACAGAACUUACUUCUGGACCCUGUCACUGGUAUCUUGAAGCUUUGCGAUUUCGGCAGUGCCAAAAUAUUAGUUGCUGGAGAGCCCAAUGUGUCAUAUAUAUGCUCACGAUACUAUCGAGCACCUGAACUCAUAUUUGGAGCCACCAAUUACACUAUAAGCAUUGAUAUCUGGUCAACGGGCUGUGUUAUGGCCGAGCUGAUGCUAUCGCAACCCUUGUUUCCUGGAGAGAGUGGUAUUGAUCAGCUAGUUGAGAUCAUAAAGGUUUUAGGCACACCGUCCAAAGAGCAGCUGGUAUCGAUGAAUCCCAACUACACCGAACAUCGAUUCCCGCAGAUCAAACCUCAUCCAUUUUCCAAGGUCUUCCGAUCUCGAACUCCCCCCGAAGCCAUUGAUUUCAUCUCACAGCUCUUGCAAUACACCCCCACCAAGCGUCUUACUUCCUUAGAUGCUAUGACUCACCCAUUCUUUGAUGAACUUCGUAACCCUGAAACUCGCCUUGCUAACGGCAAAGAAUUGCCCAAUCUUUUUGACUUUUCUGUACAUGAAUUGUCUGCUAGACCUGAUUUGAUUCGAAAAUUGGUUCCUCCUCAUGCCGAAGCUGAGCUACUCUCAAGAGGCAUUGAUAUCAAUAACUUUACACCUUUACCUGUCAGUGAGCUAAGAGUGAAAUCACUGGACUGA